CGGGAGCCUCAGCCUCAGUGUCCACCGCCCCCCCGGAAGCGGAAACAGAAUCCCAGCGUGCCCCUUCCUCACUGCCCUCCAAAUCCCGCUGCAGCCAUUGCCGCAACCACGAUGCCGAAACGAAAGAAGCAGAAUCAGCAGCAGCAGCAGCUGCAGCAGCAGCCCCCACUGCCAGAGCGGGAUGAGACUGGAGACGAGGAGGAUGGGAGCCCCAUCGGACCACCCAGCCUUCUGGGCCCUCCCCCCAUGGCCAAUGGAAAGCCUGGUGAUCCCAAGUCAGCUUUUCACAGAGGUCCUCCGGGAUCAAGGGGACCAGUGAUCCCACCACUGCUGAGUCUCCCACCUCCUCCCCGGGGCAGAGGCCCAGUUCAGGGAGGCCUCGGCCCCAGGUUUGGCCCGUAUGGUCGUGGUUGGUGGGGGGUCAAGGCCGAGCCUCCUUUUCCUGGGCCAGGCCAUGGGGGUCCCUCCAGGGGAGGCUUUCACAAAGAACAGAGAAAUCCUCGAAGGCUCAAAAGCUGGUCUCUUAUCAAGAAUACCUGCCCACCCAAGGAUGGACCCCAGGUUAUGGAAGACAAAUCCGGCCGCCCCGUCUGCCGACACUUCGCCAAAAAGGGCCACUGUCGAUACGAGGACCUCUGUGCCUUCUACCACCCAGGUGUCAACGGCCCUCCGCUGUGAGACUGUCCUCCCCACCCAGACUGGAAGGAGCCCCUGACCUGGCAGCCACGUUCUUCCCUGUGGCCCUGUGACGGCCACCGUGAGGCUGUUCCUCGCACCACCCUCACUGCCCCCUGCCCCUGGGGGUCCAGAGCUGUGUUCCAUGACUGGUGUGCGGCGUGCACUCUUCUGACCCAGCCUCCAGAGACGUCUCCAGGACCAUCGCUGCUCCACGCGCCUGCCUCCCGGGUCCUCCCCCUCGCCGGUGACUGCAGAACAGGAAACCUCUUUGGUGCUGUUUCUUGUGCAUCUGUCCACCCAGCCCCCGGGAUCGCCCUGGAUUCCUGAGAGCCCUGGAGCAGUUUGCUACCAUUCCCUCCUCGCUGCUUGUUUUUAAGUCCUUUUCGUGUGACACCCCUCCCCCCAGCGUGGUCAGCGGCCCUGUGACACUCACCCGGUUGGCUGACCUGGGGUCAAGUGUGGAUGACUGGUGCAGAGUCACUCCCUGAGAGGCCACGUUCCCCGCUCUUGGAUCUGGUAGUUUCUGCGUCAGUAGCAUGAUCCCCACCGCUAUGGUCUGUGAUCACUGUGCUUUGUGAAACUGUGCAUCCCCCUGCCCCCCACCCCCAUAGCCUUUCUCAGUGUCCGUGGCAUUUUCGUGACUUCCCAACACUAGAGUAAGUUUUUCUGCCAAAAUGCGUGGGGCCGUGGGUGCCCUCUAGACUUUCCCCACCUCCCGACGAGGGAGAACUGUGAAACUUUCCACAAGACUGCCUCCCUGGUCGUCUCAUCCUCCCCAUGUCAGUUUCUCGGGGUUGACACAGGCCCGAGAGAUGUCGUCUAAAGGCUCAGAUGGGCCUCUCCUCUCUCCAGCCCAUUUUAGUUAGACUGCAUCAUUGUGAGGCCACCAGCCGUUUCAUUUGAAUUCUGUGAAUCUCCACCUGGCCUACCUGUGGGUGGAACUCGGACAGUACUGUCGCCCUCUUCCAACCUUCUUCCCCUGCAUCCCUGGCACUGGUUGUUUUCUGUGAAAACGGCAGUGAACAGGUUCAGUUUUGAGCUGGCCCUGAGGAAAUGGGUCAGGAGUUGUGUGGGCAAGAGGGAGGGAUGAGAGCCGUUGGAGAACUGAGAAUGAAUUUUUUUUUAACAUUUUUUUAUAUUAGUAAUAAACGCAGUGGAAACAA